AUGUCUCAGACUCAACCUUCGCUUCAGCCCGCGGCUAUAACAGUUUACGAGUCACACCUCAUAGCUCCAUCAACUCUGCUUCAAACUCCUACAAUGCCGUCACAGUGGCUUCAUCUCACACUCCCGGAACCGCGGCUUUUAUUGUGGUUGAAGAAGAAAGCAGAGGGAAGAGAGCUUGAUGGUGAUUCUUCUGAGGUGAUUGAAGAAUGGUGUGAAGACGAAGUAGAAGAUGAGAAGAAUGAGAGCAUUUUAGAUAUAUUUUUUGGUGAGUUUCCACUAUCCGAUUUUCCUCUGACUUUUCUAGUAAAGAAAUCGUGA